CUUAAAACACGUUUCAUUCUCUGGUUUUGUCAAAUUGAAAUGAAUGGAGUGAUAGAAAAACGACAAUUUUAUUUGAAAAAUAGACAAAAAGAAUUUGAGUGAAAUAUUAUAGGUUUUAAGAAUUCAUUUAAUUGAAUUUCAUGAAAAGUCAUUGGGCAUAGACUUUUGGAGGUUUCUUGCUGCAGCAUUCAUAUCGAAGUGUUGCAGACUCUUAUUAUUUAGCUUUGCCAUAAAGAAUAAUCUGAUAUAUUCAAAAGGGUGAAACACAGAAAAAAUGAAAAAUCGUGAGAGAAGUGUCAGGCAGUACAACAAAUCUGAACUUCCACGCCUUCGUUGGACACCUCAACUCCAUCACCACUUUGUUCAAGCUAUUGAAAGCCUUGGUGGAAAACACAAGGCAACUCCGAAGAGAAUUCUGCAGCAGAUGCAUGUGAGAGGGCUCAAGAUCGCUCACAUCAAAAGCCAUCUUCAGAUGUACAGAAACAUGAAAGGCUAUGCCAAGAAAUGUGCAGAUGAGUUGAUGGAAGGAAAUGUAAAGGAUUUCAAAGUAUGCUCCAUUUGUCCAACCCAAAGAAUAAUGAAGAAGGUGGAACUUCAGCUCUUAGACAACAAAAAAGGACUUUCACAAAGCAACGAAGAAACUGAUUAUGAUCUAAACCAGGUAUUAUAUCACUUUCCAUCUCCCUAAUAUUUUACGACUUUUAAUUAUAUGAAGAAAAAAAACAUCAUGUAAUGUCUCGAAAACCUAUGUUCUUGUCUUCACAAUUAAGCAAUCCACUGUUCUUCAUCUGCAAGCAUUUUUUUUUAUGCGUAUAUAUUAAAAUUUUAAUACUAAACAUUUCGACAGGGAUAAUAAUUUUCAUUUAGACUGCUUUAACUAUGACUCUGAUAUCAUGUUAGAGGUAAACUUUAAGUUUAACUCAACCUCACAAAACCGAUUUGUAGGGUAAGGUUUACACCCACUUAUAAACUAUGAAAUAUCUUUAUCUCUAACCGAUGUGAAACUUCCAACAAUUAUUAGGUAAAAUAUUUAGCAUACUGUUGAAAAGAAAAGGAGAUGUUGAUAAAAUGAAUAUUAUUGAUAUAUUUUAUAUAUUGGUAAAAAUAUUGCACGAAGCUGAGUCAACUUCAUGGUUGGUUAGAGAUGAUGGGUCAAAUGAAGAAGAAAAUGUUCCUAAUCUAUUAUUUUCCUUCAGCACACCACUAAUUUCUAUGAUGAAAAGUGAGAAUAGCAAAGACAUGAUGCAUUUUUCCUCAUCAACUGCACCACCUAAUCAUUCUAUCGAUUCUAGUUAUACACCUUCCUUUGGAAAUACUUAUAUUAACUUAGACCUAGCAAUAUGAAUAUGUCAAUUCUAAUUUUAUUUACUUCAUUAUACAGGUGCGAACACACUAGUUAAUUACUGUUAACAAUUUAGGUUGAUAACUUAGUUGAUUAUUAUAUUCUUUAUUACAAGUUAGCUAGUCUUGUUAGCCUUAAUAAAAAGGUUAUCUUUCUUCUUCUGUAUAAUAAUUAUAGUCAUUAUGUUACCAGAAUCUAAACCAUGAUUAUUAAUUGGCGAAAAAAAAUCUAACAGUAUGAUUCAUCGGGCAGAGCUGGGGCAACUUUAUUCUUCAUUUGCAUCAAGCCCUAGGGUUUAUUGAAAUUCAUUCACUUGCAUUAUGCCUUUUCUUCUUUAACACCAUGAUCAUAUAAUUUAUCACUUUUCACUCAUUUCUUAUUCGUAAUUCUUUUCUAGGAGUUGUCACACAUUGUAAAUGAAUGAUAAUUUCAUAAAGUCUCAAUUACCUUUAUUCCUUGUAAAUACUUUUUUUUUUCAAAGAGUAUGUGUUUAAUAGGUAACAGAAAAGUAAAACUAUGCAAUUCAUGUUUGGAAAUAAUUGUUUAAAUAAGUACAUAAGAUUUUGAAAUCCAUUCCAUAAAAUAAAAAUUCAUUU